AUGGAGAGUCCAGCAGCGCCUGUGGCGCCGGUGGAGCAGAAGGCCGAGCGCCUUCCACAGGAUGCUGGAAAACUGGUUUUCUCGUUUGGAUUCGAGGGAACACGGAGGAACAACAUUUGCUACAUCGAGCCUAGUAUUCUAAUGCACACUUGUGGAAACACCAUUCACUUCCUCGACGUUAGAACCAUGACUGCGACUUAUCUUCCCAGUGUUGGAGGUCUCGGGAUUGGAGCAGUAGCGAUCCAUCCAACGAAGAAGUACUUUGCAGUGUGCGAGAAGGGGAUUAAUCCGAAUAUUUAUAUUUAUGACUAUCCGAGCUUAGUGUACACGAAGGUUUUAAAAGAUGGUACCGAGAGGCUCUUCAGCGCUGCCGCGUUUAAGCACGAUGGAAAUCAGCUUGCAACAGUUGGAGGCUAUCCCGACUACUGGUUGACUGUAUGGGAUUGGCACAACGAGACAAUUAUCUUGAGAGCGAAAGCCUUCUCGCAGGAGGUUUUUAAUGUGUCUUUCUCGAAGUACUUCUCUGGUCAGUUGCUUACCUCUGGCGUUGGACACAUUCGAUUCUGGAAUAUGGCUUCCACUUUUACCGGAAUGAAGCUAGAGGGUUUUAUAGGAAAGUUUGGACAAGUACCACUAAGUGAUAUUGCCGGUUAUGUAGAACUUUCCAAUGGAAAGGUCCUCUCCGGAACAGAGGGAGGCGGUAUUAUCGUAUGGGAAGGCGAACUCGUCAAAUGCCAAUUAAAAAGAAAAGGAGGGCUAAGCUGCCAUGAUGGAAUGGUGGAGAUCACAAUUCACGAAACGGGGGUUAAUGAGUUGAUUACGUGCGGAUCUGAUGGAUACAUAAGGUUCUGGGACUUUGGAACGUGGUUGGACGCAGCUGAUGAUGGAGAUGAGAAACUCAUUUGCGAGGUGAAUCCCCUUCGAGAGCUUUUCGUUGAUCCGGAGUGUAAAAUAAAAGGGAUCUUGUUCGAACAAGACCAUUGGAUGAUUCAGGAUGAAGGUGGUGCAUUAUGGAGGGUGCAUGUGCCAUCGUUUGAGCUAGAGCAGAUUCUGGAGUUCCAUGCAGGGGCAAUAGUUUCGAUAGCGAGCUCGCCAAACAGUUAUUACAUUGCAACGGCAGGCACAGAUGGCACGGUGAGACUUUAUAACUUCAAGCAGCAGAAACAAAUAUACAAGCGACGGUUUUCAGCACCGUGUACCACAAUGAUCUGGAUGCCACGGACAGUCGAUCCUAAAUGCAAAACCAUUGCUGUAGGAUUUAAGGAUGGAGUGGUGCGUAUGCUGCAACAGUGCAGUACCAGAUGGAGGCUUCUGCAUGCAAUGAAACCUCAUAACAUGGAAGUCACAGGACUCAAACUCAGUCCGGAUGGCGAGCUUCUGGCAACUGUAUCAACAGAUGCAACAAUUUUUUUCUUCCAUUGCCUCGAAAAUUACAGGCCAAUUGGAUUUUGUAAAUUUGCAGCGGGGGUAGGGUGCUUGGAUUGGUCUCCUAAUGGGGACUACGUGCUAUUGGCGUGUAAGAACUGCGAGAUUCUUGAGGUUGCUCGACCACCAUUACAUCCAGAUACCAAAGUUACGUAUGAGCUGGCAUUGCCGUCGAGAGCUAUUUCGUUUCUUCUCCCAAAGAUUAAAAAACCGAAACCGCCGCCACCUCCACAACAACCAAAGCCGGCCAAGACAAGUGAAGGCGAAGGAGGUGAAAAUCCUGAGGGUGCUGCAGCGACCGAGGGCACUCCUCCAGCAGAAAGAGCCUCUGGCGAAGGUCAAGCUGUUGAGGGAAAGGAAGGAGAGGCAGGAGAGGGAGGUGAAGGUGAAGGAGAGGGUGAAGAAGGACCUGAAGGACCUGAAGUAGCCGAAGGCGAGGGGGCUGAAGGUGGAGGACGGGAAGCAGAGGAAGGAAAGAAUAAAAAGAAAAAGAAAAAGAAGGCUCCCCCGCCGCCAGCAGUUGAAGAAGUCCUACCCGAUGAGUUUUCCUCUUCAUUCCAAGCAAGAGCAUUGUUGUACACAAAAAGUAGCAUGAACACAUUCUACGUAUCGCUAGAGGGGAAGACGGGAUUGCUGUAUGAAUCUCAUGCCGACUCUAAAGACGCUCUAGGAUAUGCGCCGUGGAGUCAAGGAACGCUAACUACGCUCGAGUACACGCAUUCGAUGGAGUAUGUUGUCUCAGGAACAGCUGAUGGAGUCGUUCGCAUCAAUACUACUCCUCACGCUGGACAAUUGGGUUUAGUACAGCAGCAAAAGUACUGGGAGGUAUCAAUGCGUAACAUACAAGUUUCUCGUUUGACAUUCCUUUACAGGGUAAUGUUCACGAUUGCUACUCGGAAUUUGUAUUUGGCCAGUGUCGCCCAUGAUGGCAGCUUUUUCCUUUAUGAGAUGUCUUUGGAAACAGGGGCCCCUAGGCAUCCUGAUACAAAAACUAAAGAUCUUGAAGAUACUUUGCCAGACGCAUCAGACGUCCCCCCUGGGGUCUAUAGCAUCGAGGAUGACAAACAGAAAACGGAACAAGAAAACAAGCUCAGGACUGCAUUGCAGAAGAAAAAGCUUGUCACUGACAGAUUGGAUAGGAUCCGGCGAGAACUGGAAGAGCUUAUCAAAGUAAACAAAGAAAAGACGCCAACCGAAAUGAUUCCUUUCGAGACUUUUGAGAUAGACUCGAGUUUGAGGGGUAUACUCGAAAACGAGAUCAAGGAGAAAGUAAGAAGUGCUCGCGAAGAAUUGCAAUGGGAGAGUGAAAGGAGCGAGAUUGCACUGUCCAAGCUUCGGGCAUUUCUGCUCGAUCCUCUGGAGGUUGAGCAUAUUGUUUUGCAUGCAUUCCGAACAGAUGGCCAUGUCUGUAGCUUUCGCACGGAAAAGCUUUCCCCAGAAAUGAAGAUGAUAGAAGAAGCAAAAGCUAUCACGGAUGACAAAAGCAAAACCCAAGAAAAAGAUGGUGAGGAUGGCAAGGAAGGUGGUGAAAGCGUUGUUUCCGAGCUAGAAGAAGGUGAAGACGACGAUAUCAUCACAAAACAGGAUUUGAGAAGGCUCAAACUUAAGAAAAAAGAGGAUGAGUAUGAAGAUUACCUGAAGACAAAGCCGGAUGAUGCUUAUGCCAACCCGGAGGACCUUGAGGCCAUAAAGCACGCAGAGAAUACAAAAGGAGAUUUCAAGCUAAAGACAGACCUGACAUAUGUGCCGCCGGUAGAACAAAGAACAAAUGCCGUGAAAAAGAGAAAUGAAAUGGUCUUUUUAUACGAAGCCAUACACGACCGAAAGAUGAGCUUCAACAGUGAGUUUCUCUCUCUCAGAGAAAAAAAGAAGCAGAUAAGAUUCCAGAUAACACAACGAAAUUCAAGGAUUUCAGAGAUCAAUAAUCUGCUCAGGAUCAAAGAGGAACCUUUAUACACUCCUCUAACUUUCAAAGAUGAAGCGCCGGAAGAGCGGAACAACAUUACUAAGAAAGAUCUGGACGACUACAUUGAGAGGAAGAGGAAAGCAGAGAUGAAAGUGGAGGAAAAAGAUAAAGGUGGUGGCUUCGGAGGAUUCGGUGGUGGCCCUGUGAAAAAGGUGGAAAGGAAGGCAGAGAAGGCUGAAAAGGGAGCUGAGAAAGCCGAAGAAAAGAAGGCAGCCGACCCUCAACGAAAAAUGUCUAGGAAAAUGUCAGAAAGAGUUUCAAGGAAAACGAUAAGAGAGGGUGAAAUAGCAUCAACAACAUCAGCGUUGCGUGCUCCUUCGAUCCUGGAGCAAGCUGAACAGGAAGCAUUUAUUGUGAAACUGAAAUAUGAGAAGGCGCUGAAUAAAGAGAGAAUUGAUUUGCUCAUCUCUACAUUUGAUAGUGAUUUGGAGGACUUGAGGAAUCGGAGGUUUACGCUCGACGUAAAAAUCAAGGGUGCUGAACUGAAGAUGCUCAUCCUUUAUCAAGAGCUUAGACUUCUUCAAACACUUCAACCCAAGGAGCAAGCUCUACAAAAUCGCCAUACUGCUAAGCUGCUUGAAGCGGAGGACCUAUUAUCGAAAAUAAGCGACCAAGAAAAAGCUGUGGAGUUGAAAAAGCAAGAGGUGGCUGGAUUGCAAGACAAGAAGCAACAGCUCUUGGUGGAGUUUGAGCAAAUGAUGGGAGAAAACAAUCCGUUCAGGGACACUCUUCAGAAAAUCUACACAAAGAAGAUCAAACGACCGAAACCAAAAGAACCUGGUGAAGAAUCGGAUUCGGAAGAGGAAUCGGAUUUGGAAGAAGGAGGCUCCGAUGAAGAUUUUGAAGAAGAAGAGACACCCGAAGUAUGUCCCAGCGGAUGCGAGGAGUCCCUGUAUGCAAGCGUUCUUGCUCUACGUGAAAGACGUCUUGACGUCGACGAAGCCCUCGUGGAGAACGUGAAACUUCUAGACAGCAUGCAAAGAGAGAAAGAGACGAAGUUGAAGAAGAAGAAAGGAAUAGACGUUGCUCUCGAGACAAUCAAACGCGAGCUAGGGGAGUUUCAGAAACAGAAGCAGACUGCCUUGAAUCAGAUCGACGUCGCAGUCACACUUUACAUGCAUCAAGUCGAGUACAUCGAAAAUGCCGCGAUUCCCAAAGACCUGUCCGGUGGCCUCGUCUUUACAAACGCCUCGUUGAAGCAACUGAGAGCGACGAUUGAGAGGCAUGUAGCCGAGAAGGCGGCACUGAGGAGAUUGCAAAAGGACCUGCGAAAGGAGUACGCGGCACUGGUCCGUGAACGAAAAGCUGAGGAAGAAAACACUACUGAUACGGAGCAAAGAGUCAUUGACGUGCAAAUGCUCAGAUUUGGACAGGUGAUUGACCUCUCCGUUGUGGAGCUUAUACGUGUCAGGAGGGACACUUUAGAGCUUAAGGAUAGAGUCAAGCAGCAAGAAGCAGAGUACAGUGCCGAGCUUGGCGAGUUGAGCCGCAAUUUGGACGAUGCCACUGACGAGCUUGCACGUGCUAUGCGAGAAAACUCAGCCUCGCUCUACACAAUAGCGGAUCUUCAGGAGAAACGAAAUGCCAUUGAAGCGGCAAGUCACAGACUGUUCCCUCUCGCUGCUAAGUUUUUCUCACGGUUGUCUCUCGCAGAGCAUGAAAAUCAAAGCGAGAGCCACAUUCCGAGACCCGCUGAUCGAAAAGCGUCGGGACGCAGCAGAGCAAGAGCGAUUGCGCCAGAUUGUCGUCCGGAACGCUCAAGUCAUGGACAGCCUCGAAGCCCAAUUAAACUACGUCCACAACAACAUCGAAUCAAUCUUCCCAUAGCAAACGAGCUCGGCUUGAUUGUUUGAUUGUCUUUCGAAGGCUUAUACAACAACAAAAAGGCUUAUAAGUAGCACACGUAUAUCAACGACUCACCCGGACAGAAGUUCACUCGUAAAGCUUCUCGGCAAGGCGCGGCGUCGCGACAGCUUGGACAGGAUUCGCCAUGAACGUCACAACACCCGGACGCUCCGUGAGGUCGAUCUUCUCGGGCUUCACUCCCGGCGGUGGUGCCCAGGAGAAUUGGUGGAGAAGCCGAGCAACCAUGAGCUGGACCAUGUUGAGGCCGAGCUGAGCUCCCGGACAGAUCCUCCGGCCAGCGCCGAAAGGUAGGAGCCUGUAGUCGUGGCCUUUGAUAUCAACGUCCUCUUCCAGGAACCGCUCGGGGCGAAACACCGACGCUCGCUUCCACACCUUGGGGUCUCGCCCGAUCGCGUAAACGUUGACGUGAACGAUGGUCCCCUUGGGGAUGUCGUAGCCUCCGAUCUUGACGCGGGUGGUGGCCUUGUGUGGGAGCAUGAGCGGCGUCGUUGGGUGGAGCCGGAGUGCCUCUUUAACGAUGCUCUGGAGGUAUGGCAGCUGCUGGACGUCCACCUCGGUGAUGAUCCGCUCCUUUCCGAUCACUCGGUCCAUCUCCUCGUGAGCUUUCUCCUGGACUUUCGGGUGCUUGAUGAUCUCGGCCAUCGCCCACUCGGCUGAUAUGGCCGUGGUGUCCAUCCCCGCGGUGAUCAUGUCCUGGAAAUCCACGAAGAACAGACUGUCAACUUUCGAGCUCCAA